AUGAAUUCAUGUGAUGAGUUUGAACAAGACAGUAAUGGCAGUGGCUCAGUGGCAGUGAAAGAAAAGAAAGCGAGAGUUUUCAUUGGGAAGAUAGGUGCGCCGCCGGAGGUGGUGGCGAAGCUGGAGGAGGCGUGUGCGUCUGCGGCGGCGAUGGGCGGCCGGCACGGAACAAGCAGCGUCGGGGAAGACCCGUCGCUCGACCAGUUCAUGGAAGCUUACUGUGAGAUGCUGAUAAAAUACGAGCAAGAGCUCUCUAAGCCCUUUAAGGAAGCCAUGGUUUUUCUCUCGAGGAUCGAAAGCCAGUUUAAGGCCCUUACACUCUCACCCUCUUCUGCUUCUGUUUGUGCAGAAGCAAUGGAAAAAAACGGCUCGUCUGAGGAAGAACUUGACGUGAACAACAAUUUCAUUGACCCUCAGGCCGAAGACCGUGAGCUCAAAGGUCAGCUUUUACGAAAAUACAGUGGAUACUUAGGAAGUCUCAAGCAGGAGUUUAUGAAGAAAAGGAAGAAAGGUAAGCUGCCAAAGGAGGCUCGGCAGCAAUUGCUCGACUGGUGGAGCCGGCAUUACAAGUGGCCAUACCCCUCUGAGUCCCAGAAGCUGGCACUGGCUGAGUCAACCGGGCUCGACCAGAAGCAAAUAAACAAUUGGUUCAUUAACCAGAGAAAACGGCACUGGAAGCCUUCGGAGGACAUGCAAUUUGUUGUAAUGGAUGCCGCGCACCAGCAUUAUUACAUGGACAAUGUUUUGGGGAACCCUUUUCCGAUGGAUAUCUCGCCCGCGCUUCUUUGA